GUGAAGCUGGACCUGGGGUCCGGUGAGCGGUUGCUGAGAUCAGAGAGCAGCACCCAACUAAACGACCUGGCCUGGCACACUGCUGAGCUCCUCCACGACCGCCAUAAUGUCACCCUAACUAUGGACCAGUACUCCCACACCAGCCUCAGGAUGCCUGGGCACGGGUCUCAGAAGCAGGAUCUUACCAUCCAGGACGGGUUGUACGUCGGCGGGUCUGGAGGCCUGGACAAGCUCUACCUACCCAAUGACCUAACAGGAUUCAGGGGGUGCGUGGACCAGGCUGUUUUCAACGAGAACAAUAUGCUAUCGUCGUUGAGACCGUACGCUGGAUUCAAGAGUGUCUAUGAGGUUUCUUUGGGCUGUAGUCCGCAGUUCUUUGCCGGCGAGGAGGAUCCUGUUAGUUUCUUUAGUUCAAGAGCGUAUGUCUCCCUACCACCCUGGAACGUUUCCCACAACCAGCAAGAGGCGCUGUUUGAGUGUGUGGUUCACACCUCGGCUAAAGAGGGGAUUGUCUUGUACAACUCGGCCAGACAGGGGGACUUUGUGGCAGUUGAAGUCCAAGAGGGGCUGCUGGUGGCCAUCGUGGGUAAAGGAGGAACCAAGACAGAACUUAAAUCACUCACCUUUGUCAAUGACAGGAACUGGCAUUCAGUGAAGAUGUUCUUUACCCCCAAAACCCUCCAGCUGACAGUGGACAAGGAGACGGUGAAGACUAGCAUCAGCUCUCGCUCCAAGGGACUCCAGCUAAGAGGGUCGCUGUUUGUGGGGGGCAUUGACGACAGCACACGCUCAGAAGUCAGGAAGAUGGGUCUGGUGUCUGUGUUGGGAAAGAGAGUCCGAGGAGGUUCUUUUAAAGGCUGCCUGAAGGACAUUAAAGUCAAUGGUGUCAUGAUGGGUCUGCCUAAUGCUGUAGUCACUAAAGAUAUAUCGGUGGGCUGCGAGCCGGAGAAAGAACCAGAGCCCUCGACCACGAUGGGUCCAACUACUCUCCCGACUGUCCCCAACUCCCGGUUCGAUCCCACUUCGGUCACUCCCACCCCAGAAUUCCCUAUGUUCACUCUGGCCAGGGGGCUGGACAAGAAGUACGGGGACAACUUCGUGCUGCUUAGGAAUCUUGUAGUGUCAGAGGGUGGGCGUGGGUCUCUGGAGUCCAAGCACAUCAAGGUUCUCCUGGACUUCAAGAAGCUCGGGGUACGCCAGUCUCAGAUCAUGUUCCGGAUCCAGGAGCAGCCGGUGCACGGUCAGAUACGAUUGGAUGUGGACCAGGACCAAGAGGAGAACAUCUUCAGCAUGCUGGACCUGUGGCACGGCAGGGUGAUGUACAUCCACGGAGGAUCAGAGGACCCAGAAGACUUUUUCACCUUCUCUAUAUUCUCUUCCUCCAGGAAGGAGGUUCCCACAUACCUGCAGGGGACGAGAAGGUACCGCUACAACAUCACAGUGACCCCCACCAAUGACGCCCCAGAGCUCAGCCUGCCCCAGGGGAACCUCUUCGUCCUGAUGGAGAAUUCUAGAAAACUCCUAACCAAAGAGGUGUUAAAGGCCACAGACAUUGACAGCAACCACACCGAUCUGGUCUUCUCCAUCCUGGGGAACCUGAACCCCGACGCUGGUUACCUGGAGGUGGGAGAUAACCCCGACACCGCAGUGACCACGUUCUCCCAUUCUGAUCUGGAGGAAGGGAAGGUGAACUAUGUCCACACUGGGGUGAGGAACUCCAGGAUCGUGCUGAGGGUCAGUGAUGGAGACAAGGUGAGCAACACGGUGGUUCUGAGGAUCAUGGCCGUAGGGUUGGAGUAUAAGAUCGCCAACAACACCGGGCUUGAGAUCACUCAAGGUGAGAUGGCUGUGAUCAGUAACAAGCACCUGGCCGUUCAGACCAAUGCCGUGAAUCAAGUGGUGGACAUCCGCUAUGAUGUCGUCGAGCCACCUCAGUACGGGGAACUUCAGAGGCUUCACUCCAGCGGAGAAUGGAAGCCCACCGGUUCUUUCUCUCAAAGGCUGUUGGAGAAAGAACGCCUUCGGUACCUCAGCACUUUCCAAGAAAACCAGACUGCCAAUGCUACGGAUUACUUCAAAUGCAAGGUCACUGUAGCAGGAAGAGUUGAUACUGAACUGGUCUUUCCAGUCACAGUGAAGUGGGUACAUUAUAACCUAGUCAGGAACGUAAUGGCCGAUAUUAAUAAAGUUCGGAAAGUGACGUUGGACUCACAGUAUCUUUACGCCACAGUGGACAUUGUGACACUAUCCGAGGAUGAUCUUCACUUUAGAGUUCUCUCCUCGCCAAAGAAAGGACAACUUCUUCUUGUUAACGAGUUAUUGAAGAAAAAUUCUACUUUCAGCCAAAGAAAUGUCACUGAUCUAAAGGUUCAAUACGAACUGGUCGACAGACCAUACGAAGACACGAGCGACACGUUUAAAUUCCAAGUGUUCUCCAAGCAUGCUCAAUCGCAAAGUUACGAUUUCCAGAUCUCAAUAAAAGCUGACGUCAACAGCGUAUUUAUAAGAAAUUACAAACUAUCUAUAAUGGAGGGAGAGAGUAAACUCAUCACAAAAGACGAGUUGUUUGCAGAGACUCUUAGCACCAAGGAGCUGUACUACACCGUUACAAGUAGCCCCAAACAUGGGAAGCUAGCACGCAUCAACGUGUCCAACUCUAACGCCAGUUACAACAACAUCCUAACGUUCAGCAACCAGGAUCUCUUGGAGGAGCGCGUCAUGUACAUACAUGACGACACAGAGACCACUCAGGAUCAGUUCACAUUCAUAGCCUCCACUAGUCAAGAGUCCAAAUCAUCCGUCACGAACGAUGAAGUCGGAUCCAAAGAAGGGACAUUCAACAUAUCCAUCCAGCUAGUUAAUGACGAAAAGCCGGUGCGCAUUGUCGAUAAAGUUUUCCACGUGGUGAGGGACGGGCAGCGGUUGCUUACCCUGGACGAUCUCUGUUACCAUGACGCAGACUCGGACUUCAGCGACGGGCAGUUGGUCUACACGCGACGGGGAAUCCCGAUGGGAGACCUGGUUCUGGUGAACGACACCUCUCACAGGCUGUUCCAGUUCACCCAGAAGGAUCUGGAAGAGAAGAGAGUGCUGUUCCUCCAUCGAGGCGUGAGCUCCGGACGCUUUGUGCUCUUCGUGUCCGACGGGAAACACUUAGUCUCCACUCUGCUGGACGUCACCGCCCACGACCCAUUCCUGAGCCUCGGCAACAACAGAGGUCUGUUGGUCCAGAAGGGAAAGGAAGUGACCGUAACCACCGGUAACUUCAGCGUCCUCACGAACAUCAAUAUCCGCGAUGACAGCGAAGUCACCUACAAGGUGUCCGAAACUCCUAAGAACGGCUGGCUGUAUCGCCACGGAAACAUCUCAGUGGAGUUUACACGGCACGACCUGAAGAAGGGCCUCGUCUCGUAUCGCCAUGACGACAGCAAGAACCUGGCGGACUGGUUCAGUGUGACGGUCGAGGUUAAAGGUCACGUCCUGAAUGCCAGAAUCAACGUCAAGGUUUACCUGGAGAGCCAUCAGAGGCCCCCUAUCCUCCAGCACAACAACACCUUACUGGUGGAGGAGAGCAAACCUGUGAAGAUUGACGAGAGUCGACUGGAGGUGACCCACGAGGACAACCUGCCGUCUGAGAUUGUAUUUACAGUUAAGGUGGCCCCGCUACACGGGUUCAUCCGGCGCUUCGUGGAGGCUGAGGAGCAGUAUGUUGGAACUGAACAGAUCCCUGUCCAGACCUUCUCCCAGGAAGACAUCAACGCUGGCAACAUCCAGUACAUGCAGACGACCCCCAGCCAGGUCAACGACACAUUCCUAUUGGACGUCUCCAACGGUGUCACAGAGGUCAACAGUAUCAGGAUAUCAGUGGACAUAAUCCCCGCCUCAUCCCUCUCCAGGUGUCCAAUUUCACCCUGAGAGAGGGCGAGUCCAAGGCCUUGACACAGGAAGUGCUCAGGGUCACCAACCGACACUUCUCUGGCCUCAACUUCCUGUACAGUUUGACCGAGCCGCCACAG